AUGUCCGUCUCUGAUGAUGUUGAUCUCUACUGGUUUCGGUGGAAAGCAUUAUUUUUAGCUGCAGUAGAAAAAUGUGUGCCUGUUAAAGUUAUAAAAGACACAAACUCUCCUCCAUGGAUUGAUGGAGAAAUCAGGCACCUCCUGCGCAAGAAAUAUCGAGCUCUCAAAAAAUACCGCGAAAAUAGAACUGAACAACGCAAACGUAAACUUAGAUCUCUAAGUAAUGACAUCAAAAUCCUUGUCAGACAUAAACAUCGUGAUUACCUCAACAAAAUCGUGGGUUCUUUCUGUGAAAAUCCAAAACUGUUCUGGAGCUAUCAUAAAGCGGUAUUACAUCAUCGCUCAGGAGUCGACUCUGUCAUUACGCAUAAUGGUCAAACAGUCAAGACGUCCGGAGAAAAAGCUGAGCUCUUUAACACGUACUUUUGCUCUGUGUUUACUUCUCCCAACACCGUGCCCAGUACGAUGCCCUCUAACCCCAAUCGAUCAGAUGUUGAAAUCUCCGAUGUGCAGCUGUCUGUGGAAGAAGUGGAACUUUGCUUGGCUGGCUUAGAUUCAUCUAAAGCCUCCGGUCCAGAUGGGAUUCCUGCACACAUUCUAAAACAAUGUAGCAAGGAAAUCGCACCAAGUUUAUGUGCUUUGUUCAACCACUCUCUGCGCACUGGGCGUUUUCCAGCUGAAUGGAAGAAUGCAGACGUAACACCUGUGCACAAGAAAGAUCUGAAGGAACCUGCUGGAAACUACAGACCCAUCUCUUUAUUGUCAAUAGUUAGUAAAGUGAUGGAACGCUGCGUCUGCAACAGGUUCUAUGCCCACGUGUCACGUCUAAUCACAGAACUUCAGCACGGUUUCAUGCGUAAUCGUUCUUGUGUGACACAACUCCUUCCUGUUCUCCACUCUAUUAGUAAAUCACUCGACCGGAACACUCAAACUGAUAUGCUUUAUUUUGAUUUCGCUAAGGCGUUUGAUUCUGUAGACCACGCCAUUCUUAUCCAGAAACUUAAAUGGUAUGGCGUAACGGGUCAACUCCUUAGCUGGUUUAAGGACUAUCUCAACCAUAGAUAUCAGAGAGUUGUGAUAGACGGUGUUGCCUCUCAGUACCUACCAGUCACCUCUGGUGUGCCACAAGGAAGCCUUGUUGGACCUCUGCUGUUUGUCAUCUUUAUUAAUGACUUACCUGACUCUAUCCAGGAACAGACGAGUUCAGCUCUCUAUGCAGAUGACACAAAAUUAUACCGCUCUAUUUCGUCCCAAAGUGACUGUGAGAACUUGCAACGUGACAUAUCGAACCUAAAUACUUGGAGUCAUAACUCCAAUAUGAAGUUUAAUGCCUCCAAGUGUAAGGUAUUGACGGUCACUCGGAAGAAAUCGCCUGUACUUACGGACUACCACCUGGACAACGCCAUUUUACAACGCGUUCAACAGGAAAACGACCUAGGAGUUAUCGUCAAUAGCAAGCUAUCUUGGGACACUCACAUCUCCUCAAUCGUCAACAAAGCUAACAGGAUGCUCGGUCUCCUGAAGAGAACAUGUCCUCUCAUCACAGACACCAAAGUUAGACGAACACUUUAUCUAGCCUUGGUAAAGUCGCAGCUGUGCUACGCAACUGAGGUUUGGUCACCUUCAAACGCAAAGUUGCAGAUUCUCCUAGAACGAGUACAGAGACGGGCAACUCGAUGGAUUCUAAGAACUAAAGUUGGUGAGCUGCCAUACGAAGACAGGCUGAAAUCUCUAAACCUAUUGCCACUAACUUAUGAUCGAGAAAUCAGAGAUCUUGUGUUGGUUUAUAAAUGUAUUUCUGGUCAUACCGAUUUAAACAUUAAUCAACUUUUAACCUUCGUAGAGCACAAUCGAUCUCGCGCACAAAAUCCAGCCCUAAUGUUAAAACACUCCUGCUGUAAAACAUCCACCUUUCAGGCAUCGUUUUUUAAUAGAAUAGUAAAGCCUUGGAACUAUAUAUGUAAAAUAGCCUCUCCAGAAAAGUUUGCCACUGUAAAUAUUUUUAAAAGCUUUUUGCACAAGACAUACACCGCCUUGGUGAACAGUACUUUUAAUGUAGAUAUGACAUGUACUUGGUCGCUCAUAAGAGACUGCCCUUGUCACCGUACUUAAGUCCUAAGUUAUAUAUGUAUAUAUUCUGUAUAGUAAAUAAGUUUGUUUUCACUAGUUUAGUUUAGGGGUGGCGCCCUGCAUGGGUAUCGUUGUCCCGUUUGCGCUAGCCCCAUUGGACGUAUACCCUGUAGUCUUUGUUUGUAUAAUAAUAUGUAACCUUUUAUCUGUAUGUCCAAUAAAGCUGUUAAAAAAAAAAGAAAAAAAAAAGAAAAAAAAAAAAGAAAACCAGAACAAAUUACAGUAUAAAAUCACAACAAACUGCGGAAGUGGGACACUUUUUGUAUUUUCACUGUAAAAACUAAUUAAUUUUUUUUUCUUUCGCAAUUUCGUGUGUAGCUUUUAGCAUGCAGAGUACAGACAGAGAGCUCACUGCAUGUAAAACGCUAAUGUUCAAGUGUAACCACUUCAAAAUCUUAGCCAGUGCGCGAUUGAGAUGUCUUCCUCCCCCCCUCCCCCCUGGAAAGUUACAAAAUACAAGUAAAUUCAGGAGGGCAAAAGUCUCUCUGUCGCGCACUUGCUAAACUCGUUUUUAUGGGCGAAAUAAUGACGAAAAGUGGUUGCCGGCUUUUUUGGCUGCAUGAGUGA